AUGAAUGAGCACUUAUCACCAAACACAAGAUUGUUGGGGGUUCACCUCACUAUCUCGACCCACUCAGGACCUCAAUUAAUAUUCCAUUAUCCACCUACUACGGCAGAGUUUGUACAUUUGAUGAAUGAUUCCAAACUCAAGGGAAAAAGGAAAUCAACAACGGCUUCCAAUUCUACUCUAUCAUUUAAGAAGGAAAGAACCAAGUUUGUAGAUGAGGAAGGGGAUGAGAUUGGACUCAGUGAUAGUGAAUUAUCCACUGAUUAUGCAGAUGAUUCCAUGAGUUCUGAUUUCGAAAGCAUUACGGUCCCCUUGACAGAAUCUCCAGCAACUGACACGAAUAUAUCUUCCAUUAAUGAUAUUACUCAGACUAUGAGUGCUGAUGAGUUAUUGGGUAUGCUUCAUAAGAAAACAGAUACGAAUUCGAGUAUAGAUUUCGAAAAUUCAGUGCUGAUGGACAGUGAAGAUGAAGUUAAUGACGAGCUUAAUAGUGAUAUGGAAACUUUAUCGUUAGAAGAUAUUGCAAUUAAUGAAAAUUAUUUUCUUGAACAAAAUUUCCAAGGAUUGAACAAAAUAUUUGGUUUCGAUUCCGAUUUUGUUGCUGAAUUUUGUUCACCAGAAAGAGAAAUGUGUAAUAAUAAAUUUGAAUUCACGGUAGAUGAAUUUGCAUUCUUAGGUUUACCUGUACACGUGGAUUCCAACGGGAAAUGGAGAAGACAACGGCAUAAACGACAUAAUGCCACAACCAAAUCCGUUAAAUCCAAGAAAUCGAGUAGUGGAGGUAGCCUCACUUCGAGACAGAAAAGAAGGCAAAAGUCAACAAGCUUGUCAAAUACAAAUACUAUUGAUGAAGGGUAUGAAACAGGUGACGAGAAAACUGAUCAUAUGAGGGCGCGAAUGUCUGAUGUGGAACAAUCAGAAAUGGAUGACAUAAAUGAUCUAGAUAAAAAUAUGAAUAUGUUCCAUGUUUGUUUUAUCAUGGACCCACCUUUAACCGAAUAUAACAAACGAGUUGAUGAUAUGUACCAAUAUAUCGUUGCGAAACUCUCACUCUUGUUACGAUAUUUACAAGCAAAGAGUUCAUACGUUUCUCAGCAAUGUACCAUGAUUUUAAGAGAACGUGAGAGAGUGCUAAAAUAUUCAAAUAAAUAUAAAUCCAUUAAAGAGGAAAAUUUAAAAGCGAAAUAUUAUUAUCAACGGAUACUAUCUAAAUCAUCGUUGGCCAGGUCUUUGAUCGAAUGCGUUGAUAAAUUACAACAAAAUGAAAUAGCAUGCCUUGAAUUGGGGGAUGACAAAAUUAUAUCUCUUCAAAUACCAAUUCAAAAUGAAUUUAACAUCUUACCAAAUUUCAAGACAAGUCCCAUAGCUGAGAAUUGUUAUUUAACAUCCAUUUUAAAUAACAAAUUCUUGGAGAACCUCUCUAUGCGACGUACUGCAUGGAAGAUGGAUGAUGUAGAUAACGAGAACAAUACUGCAAAGGGGCAACACAUGGAGCAACCUGAGACUUCCACAAUGGGGAAUUCGUAUAUGGGGAAUAGUAGAAUUAUUAAUCAAUUUGCACAAAACGAUUUUGAUUCCACAGAGAACGAAAAUGAUGACAUAUUAGAUUAUGCGUUGUUGCUACUGGAUGAUCCUACAAAUAUUUUGCAAACAUUAGAUAAAUUUUCCCAUCAGGAUGUUAUUGGUAAUUUGAUUCUUCGUCAUUUGGUUAAACGAAUACAGCCAACCAUCCCCAUUAGGUCGUAUCAUUAUAUCAUUGACGAAAUACUGGAUUUGGAUUCAGAUAAUAAUGAACAGACAACAAUUGAAAAUUCAAUGCAAUAUAACAUUUUAAGAUCCUGUAGUUUACACUUGAUAUAUUGGAGGCAUGCCAGAGUUAUUAUUCCGUUGAGCUCUAAGAAUUCAUACAUUUUGUCCCCCAUUUCACCCAUAGUAUAUUCAGUUGAUAAGUUCAAAGAGGAUGAGUUAACAUUUAGAGAUAGAUUUUCAUCGUUACCAUCACUGCCAAUACUUUUAAGUUCCAUAUCUAAGAAUAGUGAACAGAAUAAAAUGUUUUUUAAUAAUGUUAUCCCAUCUAAGGAACACAAACCAAUUUAUCUUGGUGCACUGGCAUGGCUAAUAAAGCACGGUUAUAUGACACAAUUAUUAACCUUUAUUUACAUAAGGGUUGACAAGAGGAUUAAGAUGAUGGUGGAUGAAGAUUUAGAAAGAGAGGGGUUUAGAAGGAAGAAUGUUUCUAAUUCUCAAAAGAAGAAGAAAAAUACCAAGGAUGGCAUAGAUAAUACUGUUGCUGUGAUAGGUAAGAAUGAAGAAAGUGGUCUAGUUGAUAUUAAUAGUGGUACUGAUGAUGAUGAGGAAGGAGAAGAGGACGAUGAGGAGAUUCAUUUUGAAUAUGACGAUCCAGAAUUGCAAAAGGAUUACACUGUUAUUUUGAAUCCCGAGAGAGCCACAGCAUUGGAGAAAAGAUGGAUUUUCAAAUGUAUAAGUGAUCAACCUUCGGAGAUUCAAAUUUUGUUCAACAGAUUGUUUAAAUAUUUCAAUGGCAGAAUACCGAUGGAAUUGGUCACCUCGAAGGAAAAUAUCGCGCGACAUGAUCUUAAGAAACUGUUAAAUGUGAUGGAUAAGUACUUGAUUGAAAUUGAUCAUUGGUGA